CAACCAAAGGACUCUCAAGAAUAAUAUCCUUUCUAUUGCGGCACACUUGCAGGAACACCGAACYAUAACAUCGUCAUCAUUCUCAUAGCGUAAAAAGUCUGGUUUUCUAUUUAAAGAUACUAGACAAAACAGCUUCCGAAUAUCACAGAUCGCAUGAUGGCAACUUACGUAACAGCUCCGUCGGAAGGGUCGUCUAGUGGCAGUCCCAAAUUCGCCAGUACUCCAACUUCCAAUAUUUCUACGACUCCGAAUACUUCUAGAAGUGCAUCCCCAACAGGAACGCUAAUUCUUGAUAGCGAUAAUGAUGAGAUUGAGGAUGAUAGUGACAAAAAGGAAACCUCCAAAAGCCCUCCGGAAACACCAAAGAGUGCCAAGCAAAAGCCGAAGAGAAUUAUUUCACCUGGUGAGACAAGGAGAAGAAAUGCUAGGCGCAAAAAGCAAAAAGCUUUGAAAAGAAAAUUGAAACAAGAUGCUAGAAUGAAUAGCUUUACAUACAUGUCAAAAGCCUGUAAAACUCUUGAGGCUAAGAACAGUGACAUUCAAAAGUCAUUCAAUGCAACCGUUGUGCAAAUGAAAGCUGUUCAUAAAAAGUAUGAAACUCUGAAAGGCCUGCUAGAUAAUGUUCAAUCUGAAAAUCAAAGUAUCAAAUCAACUUUUUUUAAAUCAAUCAGAACUGAUCAACUUAYUUACAUUAAAGAUGAAUUUGGUUCUGAAUUGAUUUUGGGAAAAGGAAGGUUUGGAAUUUGCAAACUUAUGCAGUUGCAAAUAGGUGGAGAAAGCUUGAAGGUUGCUGCAAAACAUUAUGUAGSGGACACUAGUGAGGAAAUUGUGUUUAAAGAAGCUCAGCUUUUGUUGCAACUUUCACAUGAAGCAUUUCCAUAUCUUUUUGGUGUUACACUUCUUAACUCAAAUCAUGUAUUGGUCYUAGAAUUUUGCCCAACAGCCGAGGGUAAGAGACAUUCUCUUACUAUGCAUCAGAUGCUCCAGUUGAAAAAUACUGCAAUUCCAGUACUUGACUGGCUUAAACUUCUAAUGAAAUGUGCCAAUGGGUAUGCUUACCUUCAUUCAAAGGGUAUUAUUCAUAAUGAUAUAAAGGCCGAUAAUGUUUUGGUCAUACAAGACAAAUAUGGGUCAUCACACCCAAAGAUAAUAGAUUUAAACAAAGCUGAGCACAUAGAACAGUUAAGGCACUCAUCCAAAAGAGAAAUGUCUACCAGUGAGAGAGAAAAACGCAAACUUAUGUAUCCACAUACUGAUCCUGCCAUAUAUGAUGGAUUUUACCUCCCUUGUAAAGAAUCAGAUGUAUAUAGUUUUGGUUAUCUGACUAAGCAUGUUGCUAAAGUCACUAGAUCUGAAUUGAUAUCUAGGCUGUCAACCAGCUGUAUGAGUAGAUAUAGGAGGCCAACAUUUGCCACAAUAAAACAGGACAUUUUGUCUAUUUUGUAAUAAUAUAUUUUUGUAAGCUUGCAUCUUAUAAAGYGUAGAAUUUAUUAUGUCACUGAUGCACUAAUAAACAAAUAAUUUCAUUUUCACUGUUUGGAAUGUAAAUGUGUGUUGUUUUUUUUCCCUUGUUAUAU